AUGACCGCUACUGCUGCCUCCACCUCGUCCUGGCCCCUUCCUGCGAUGAGCUACGACUCUCGGCCUGCUGCGCCAGUGCGCUCGCUCCUUCCCAAGCGCAUCGACGUUGCGCAACUGACGCCCAACAACCUUGGCCAGCUCCGCAAGCUCAACAGCGUCCUCUUUCCCGUCCAAUACUCGGAGCGCUUCUACAAGGACGUCCUCGAUCCCGAUGCUGCCGAGAUCUGCAAGCUGGGCCUCUUCAAUGAUGUUGCCGUCGGAACCAUCUGCUGCCGUCUCGAACCGGUCGACAAGGAUACCGUGCGCAUCUACAUCAUGACGCUCGGCGUCCUCGCUCCCUACCGUCGCCUCGGCAUCGCUUCGGCCCUCCUCCAGCACGUGCUGGACCACGUCGCGCCAGGCAAGGAGAUUCAGAUAAUCGACAAGGAUGCGCCCACGCCCAAGCCCAAGAAGGACAAGAACGGCAAGGAAACCAAGGUCGAAUCCACCAAGAAGACCGUCAAGAUCAGCCAGAUCUAUCUGCACGUCCAGACGUCCAACGACGAGGCAAGGACGUUCUACGAAAAAUUCGGCUUCAAGGUCGCAGAGACAAUAGACAACUACUACCGCCGCAUCCAACCCGCCAGUGCAUGGGUCCUCCAACUCCAGUAG